CUCUGUUGCCUUGUGGACUGAUUAAGAAGCAGAAUUUUAAACUGAGAGGAGUUUCAGCUGCUGUGUUUCCUUCUGUCUAACCUGCGGCUGAUAACGGUGGGUUGUUCCCAUGGCUCUCAAACCCGCUCUCUUAUUGUUGCUGUGGGACCUCACUUUGUUUGUUCACGGUGUCACAGCUUUGUGCGAUGUCAACUGCUCAACGAACUACAAGGAUACACUGAACUGUUCGUGCUCAGACCCUCUGCCGACAUCUCCUGUCCUUGUCAAAGUCAUAUGCAGUGAUGAAGAACUUGAGAUUACUGGUAGCUGUGAAGUCAAACCACCUCAGUCCUGGUGCGUAAUGACUCCGCAUGGCCUCUUUAGUGCUGCAACUGUUGGAACCAUGUGCACUGCAACGGCCAGUCAGCAGGAUGAUCAAAUAUUGAUAAAUGCUGAUGAGUCACCGAGCUGGGCACUAUGUGAUGUGGUGAAAGCUACGCCUCCUGUCAGUGUUACAGUGACAAGCACUGACGGAUGCUACAAUGUCUCUUGGGACCAUGACAACAAAGAGGACAUUCUCAUAUACAGGGUGCGCGUGAGAGAAAGCAAAGACUUGUCAAAGGCUCCAGUACAUUUCCUUGAAGUAGAAGAAAAAUACAACCUGUUAGACUGUAAGAAGCUGCAGCCGUAUGUCAGCUAUGUUGUGGAUGUUCAGGCCAAAAUGUCUCCCAAUAAUCUCUAUUUGGGUCCGUGGAGCGAGUGGAGUUCCACUGCAGAGUGGAGGAAUGGAACGAAUGAAUGGUGGUGGUACGUCACCCCGCCCAUCGUCGUUCUUGUUCUCCUGUUGCUGGGUUAUUUACAAAAACCGUGGUGGCAAAAAACAAUCCGGCAGUUUAUACAUUUCCCCAGGCCAAAUGAGUUCUUCAAGCCCCUCGACCACAGCUAUGGAGGCAACUUUAAGGAGUGGGUGAAGCCUUUAUUCAACGAGUACGAUUACCUCAGGAUCAACUCGCACACUCAGAUGCUAAGCGAGAAGCAGCACAACGUCCUUCAGUGGAAUAAUGAGAAACAAAGCUACGGCGAGGACGAGAUGAAACAAGGUAGUCAUGUCCUCCACAUGCUGCAGCCUCACAGCAACUCGCUGCUGUUCUUCCAGGAAGGCGGCAGUUCACAGGGCACCGGCCACUCAACCGGACACAUCUCCAUCCAUACUGUAACCCUGUCUGGAGAAGAAGAGUUUGAGGAGGAAGUCGUGUCACAGAGCUCCAUAAACACCCUGAGAAGUUACCAAGACGGAGAAAGCUUCGGUUCAUUCAAGGAAGACAACAGAGAACACGCCAGCUAUGAUUUAGAGGAACCUCGUAGGCAAAGCGGGAUGUUACCACAGCAUGACAACCAUAUACCUAACGAACUAUCAGUGGUAAAUAUGAACUUUCAGCCACGUGUCCACAUUGAUGAACCAGAGAGGGUAUCACUCGACUCAUUCGUCUCAAACGAGCAGUCAGAAGACGGCUACCCUCACGUGGACUUGGACACCAUCGACAGUGGCUUUGGAGAGUGCGGCAGCCCUGGAGCCUCAGACUCAAACGUAGCAGAGCAGCGGGACUCUGAUUUAUUUCAGGAGCACAAAAGUUCCAAUUCGAACUAUGUCAAGCAGUGGAUGAUCUGUAGCACUACUCAAGGAGACUCCAACAACUUAGAGAGCGAACUUCCUGAAACACAGUGA